UUUGCACAUUCCUACGCUAGACGGCCGACGUUGCUUUUUCAAAAUGGCGGUGUCUCUCGUUUUGUUGUUGUGGACAACGGCUUUGGGAUAAAAGUGCGCCAUGAAUUUAGAGCAUCUGUCGCAUUGCACAAACCAUUUUUCGCACACAACGUUUUUAUUGGGCUGCCACAGUAAUAAAAUUUGGGAGAAAAUUUUACAAGAAAUAAAAACAAACUGCACAAGGACCAUCUUGAUGAGAAGUGGGCGGAUGGCGGAAUGAGAGACCCCCCAGCCCCAGGAGGAGGAGGGCAGUUGUCGGAUGCCCGGCUGGUAGCCCCCCCAAAAGCGGAGGGCUUUGAUCCGGACGACUACAACGAGUGGGAGUUGGGCAUUGGGGAUCUCAUCAUUGAUCUGGAUGCUGACAUAGAGAAGAGUAACCGGCCUCCCAUGGCCUCCCCACCCACCCCUGUCGAACACCAGGCCACGGUGGAUAAGGGCCUGAAGAUGAAGAUAAAGCGCAAGAACAUGGCAAAGCAUGAGAUUGUUAAAGCCCAAUCCCCCCCUGCUGCUGCAAAGCACUCCAAGGCCAGUCGCAGCAGUUCCCAUAAGAAGAAAAUUAAAGUGGAAAAUGGGGCCCCCUCCUCACCUCAUAUCUCUGACCAUUCCUCUGUCGAACAACCAAAGAAGGAAGACGAAAACCAUGCAGAAGAAGCGGAAAGCAAGGUUGAGGAGAAGGAGUGUGGCAUACCGGAACGCAAAGACAGCGGUGUAUUGUGCAGUUCCGUUGGGACGAUCACAGAGCCUGACUGUUUGGGUCCCUGUGAGCCGGGCACCAGCGUUACCCUAGAGGGCAUCGUUUGGCAGGAAACUCAUGGAGGGGUGCUAGUGGUGAACGUGACUUGGCGGGGCAAGACAUACGUGGGAACAUUACUUGACUGCACUCGACACGACUGGGCUCCUCCCCGCCUGUGUGAUUCUCCUACGAGUGACGUGGACUGUGGCAAAGGCCCCAAAGGUGGGAGGGGGAAGCGGCGGGGUCCGCAGGACGAUACACGCACCCCAUCUCACGGAAAGUUACGCAAUGGCAAGGGACGUCGCUUUCCAGCCCCCUGCUCGCCGUGCUCUCCAGCCAAGGCGGGGGACAAGCGUCGAACUCGACCCAGUGACUUGGAGUUGAGCCCCACCACGAAAAGACCGAGGUCGCGUAGCACACCAACUCCCGAGGCAUCUCAACCUCCUUCCCCUGCCCUCAUUGAAUGUCCUGAGCCCAACUGCAGCAAAAAGUACAAGCAUAUAAAUGGUCUGCGUUAUCAUCAGACUCACGCUCAUGGUGAGGCAGCAUCCACAUCUGUCCCUUCUGAUGCAGAGGAAGAGAGGGGUGAAGCUUCCUCACCCGUUACAGUGAGCAUACCUACGGCCAAUGUUUUCUCUCACCCAUCCUCGGGAACUCCCGUGACAGCUGCUCCCGUGACAGCUGCUCCCGUGACAGUGGCUCCUGUGACUGUGGUUCCAGUGACAGUGGCUCCAGUGACAGUGCCCCCCGUGACAGUGGCCCCCGUGACAGUGGCCCCCGCAACAGUGGCCCCCGCAACAGUGGCCCCCGCGACAGUUGUCCCCGCGACAGUGGUCCCCACAACAGUUGUCCCCGCGACAGUGGCCCCCGCGACGGUGGCCCCCGCGACAGUGGCACCCGUUACAGUGGCUCCCGUGUCAGUGGCUCCUGCAACAGUAAAUACUGCAACCGUGAGUCCUCCAACAGUGAGCUCUGCGACAGUGAGCCAAAUUACAGUGAGCCCUGCGAUCGUGAAACUUGCAUCUAUGAACCCUGUGGUAGUGAGUCCUGUGUUAGUGAACCCUGCAGCAGUGAAUCCCAUUGCAGUGAGUCCUACGAAGGCGAAUCCUUCAGCAGUGAGCCCUGCACCGUUGCCGCCUUCAAGUGUGGGUCCAGCGGUGCCUGUUGCUGCAGAACCAACAGAUAAAGCAAAGGUGAAGCAGGAACCUCCACCGAGUGUCCCAACAGCGGAUGCGAGUCCAGAAGCUGUGAAAAAGACGAAACACAAGAAGAGCAAGAGCAAGCGGUGCGAGGGUGAAGAAACGAGCUUGUCGGAUGCGCUGGAGAACGUUCAGAGCCCAGCCUACUCGGACAUAUCGGAUGCCAAUGACUCCGAGGGCAAAGACGACGAAGAACAGCACCCUUACUUCCCAUAUUAUAGUCAGCCCUUUUUGGAGGGGGACAAACAAGAGCCAGUUGUGAAGAAGGAGCCCUGGAGAUCACCCACCAAAGAGACAGAGAAAAAAGAGGAAUUUGGAACAACGCAGUAUCCGUAUCCACUUUGUGGAUAUGGCUAUCCUUAUGACCCUUCCUACCAGGUGCAUGUUGUGGAGCCACAGCUGAAACCAUACACUGAGCCGUACAGCCCUCGUGAACAGUCCUCCAAAGAGAAGAAAAGUCCCUCCAAAGAGAAGCACCUCAAAGAGAAUGCCGAGCUCAAGAACAACACGGAGAAAAAAUUUUCCCCUUAUGAGACACCGUAUGACCAACGGCGCUAUCUAGUGCUGCAGCAGAGUGGCAAGGAAGAAGGACGUGAGAAUACGGCCAAGACAAGUUCCAAGAGGCCCCCCUCCAAGGAAUCGGAAGGUCAGAAGCCAACCAUGGAGACGACGGGGCCUCCACCAGGGGGCUACACGUACCUCCACCCGGGGUACCUGGCUGCCCCCUCACACUUCCCACCUCCUCCCUUUGAUCCCAUGUACCGAGGUCUCCCUCACUAUGGGGGCUCUCCAUACCUCCGCUUUCAUGUACCUGAGGUUGGCCAACCACGGGGACCUCCUCCUCGAGCGACCGCCCCCAAAGCCUUGGAUCUCCUUCACCAAGUGUCGCAGCACUACGGGAACGGGGGCACCAGCAGCCCACACAAAAUACACGAGCUGCAGGAGAGAGCUGCUCCUUCCCCCAAGGGGGGAGAUGAAGGGGAUCAAAAUACUCCACCCCCGAGCAACUCUCAGCAGAGGGGGGAAGAGGGAACCAACCGAUCACCUCCUCCUCUUCGUCAUUUGCACACACACCACCACACCCACGUGGGAGUGGGUUAUCCUCUUUAUGAUCCCUAUGGAGCAAUGAUAGUGAGUCAGCAGGCAGCAGCAGCGUGCGCAGUGGCUUCCAACCUGCACCCGUUUGUGCCCAAGUGAAGUCUAGUCGCAAGGUGCUGGUGGUGGUCAAUUUUUAUCCUUUACUCUGUUACAAAAAGCCAGCCUUUCUUUGAGCUCACCAUUAGUGAAAAUUUCACUGCCUUUAAUGACUGUUGUUAAACCCAAUUAUUGUUACAGAGUGUUUUUAACUCUGGUAGACGGGUUGUUGUCAGCCACAAGGUGUACUUUCUAGGCAGCACCUGAAACACCCUGCUUUACUUUUUGCUUGAGUAAUGACGAGCGUAUUGUGGACCACCACCUCAAGUGGCACCAUCCUGUGAUCUCUGCUCUGUGUGUACAUAGAGAAAAACACUGGACUCUUUAUUAUUACACUGCCAGUGUGGGACACUUUGUGAAUGUACAGUUGACAGCAGGUGUCUCUAAGUGUUCUUUUAAAAGCUUUGCUAAAGGGAGAUUUGUACCAAGCCUUUUGUGCUGCAUCUUUUUGGUUGUCACAGCGGUGUUUCACCUGAUAGUAUUGGGUGAACGUCUUAAUUGGGUUAUGCAAUUCGUUUGGUUGCUCCAGACAGCUUGAAAAAAAAAAAAACUGUCACACGCUUUUUAUCAUGCUCACCCAACGUCACCAUCUUUGUUCCACCAAGCCAUAUAGACAGAGCUUGCUCAUUAUGUUUUCCCUCAAAACAGUCUGCCAAGGGUCUCGUACACCAUCAACUAGGGGUGCAGUUUCAGAAACUAUGUCAGUUGGCAUAGAGAAUUAAAGAACGACUGUGUUCAUAUUCAAUUACAACUCUAAUCUCAAAAUCAUGGCUAGGCUAGUUAGAGUCUCACUUUUACCUACAUUUUUCCACAGAAAGCAUGCAUAUGAAGAUCAGGUGAAACACCCCAUGCGUUUUUUUUUUUUUUUCAGAGGUGCAUGUGUGCCAUACAUCCUUCCGUUGACAGCGGAUGUUGUCUGCGUGUAGAUGAAAGCAGCUUAACCACAUUUUUUUCAAAUGAUGUAACGAGUUUACUAUUAGUUCCAAGCACAGUUUCAUGAUGAUUCCCAUGGAAGCUCUUCUUUCGGCUGUCUAUUUAAAAGGGCCUUUUUAUUUAUCGAGUGUGUGCAGUGCUGGAGAAACCUCAGUUGUACAUAGUGUUACAUACUUUGUGCAAGUCCCUUUCACUGUAAGCUAUAGUUGAUCACAACAACAGAGUGUUCUCAACAUUA